GUUUUGGUCAAAAGCUGAAGCCCUGAAUAAUUUUAGGUUAAGUGGAAACUGGUGGUGCGACCUAUAUAUACCUUCAUCCUCUUCUUCUUCUUUCCCCACAGUGUUAGGGUUUUGUCUCCAUUGCGGUUUCUUCUUCCGUAAUUUCUCGCAAAACCCUCGACGGUGACUGAUCAGUGGAUCAAUUAUGGACAAAAGCAUGUUAGCGGAUCUGGAAUCGCUCCCUGAGGCAGAUAGGCAAAGAAUGUCUGCCAUGAUGGAACAGCUGCAAAUCCGUGACAGUCUGAGAAUGUAUAAUUCACUUGUUGAGAGAUGCUUUACUGAUUGUGUUGACACUUUUAAGCAUAAAUCUCUGCAAAAGCAAGAGGAAACUUGUGUCCGAAGAUGUGCAGAGAAAUUUCUGAAGCAUUCUAUGAGGGUUGGCAUGAGAUUUGCCGAGCUCAACCAAGGAGCUGCAACACAAGAUUGAUAUCUGUCAACUUCUUUAAAUGAAAAACUGUUUAUGGUUAUUCUGAAUGCACUUUGCUUACUUACAUUUUUGGGUCUUGAGAAAUGAGAUUACUGUAGAGAACACUAAUUUGCAAUUAGUACGCAACAAUCCUUGUUAAAUAAAUUUGUGGUGAUACAAUCACAGUGCUUUGGAAUCCUGACACUUGUUUGAAUGAGUUUUUAGUGUAACUACUCUUUAUCCAUUGUGAAGAUCAUUGCUGUUAA